AGGAACAUGGAGGAGGAGCUGAAGGUUUUCUUCGAGGACUGCCGACGUCAGGACUUCUCUGCAAUGGAAAUGCUGGCCAUAUGUAAACCUUUGAUUUGGAGAAUUCGCCUGGCUAGGAUUACAAAAUGGUGUUUUAUCCUGUUGCCCCUGGUGGUUGUUUAUCUGCUUUGGUUGUAUAGCGACACUUUCGCUUGGUCGCUGAGUGCUGUCGGUCGAUUGCUGCUCGUUCAGAUCCUCCCUCUCUGGGAUUGGACACCCUACUACAAUGCGCAGUGCUUGAUUUCCAGAGGCGAGAGUGUCCAGGAGCUUCCAUCUCCAUUGGAUAAGCAUGAGACCCUGUGGCAGAACUGUGCUCUGUGUGAGGCCUUGGAGGGAAUAACAACUGCCUCAAAUGUCAGUUACUCCACCGUGGAAUCGGAGUACCUAGAACGCGGACUUCCAGUCCUUGUAACAGAUGCUGGAUUGAAAGUGGAUGUCCUCAAUCUUGUAGAGCUCAUAGAGGAUAAGUCUCCUCAGUGGAUGUCCAGUGAACCCUGUGACGUGUCCAGUAAUCUCUUGCUCAAAAAGUUUUUUAAUCUGGAGGCGGCUCUUGGCAAGAUUCGCUCGUGGCAAGGACAAACCUCAAACACUUGGCACCUACAGCUGAGAAACUGCCUGAAGAAGGCGGUAAAGUCCUCUCGCCUCUUCCUGGAACGUCCCUACUACUACCCUUACCACCUGGCUCCGUAUUACUCCAGCUGGUUACUGGCAGUGCACCAGCAAAAGCGGAAGCAGGUGGAGAUUUACGUUCGCGGGCUGGUUUUUGUCCAGCAACUGAGUGGACACUUCGAAGUGGUUCUGCAACCCAAAAAACCCUGCGACAAGGGAGUGUGUCCAAGCCUGCGAAUGCGCUUGAAUGCAGGGGAGGGUUUGAUCUUCAGCACGGAUAUUUGGAGCAUGAGUUAUGGCCUGGAGAAGCCUCACAACAAGCAAACCUCACUGGCCAGCAUAUUCGAAGUCGAGUGGCAGUCGUAGACAUUUUGA